CAAAUCGAUCGAGAGUAACGCUUGUACCGCCUAUGUGAUGAACUGACGGUUACCUCUUGAUGCCGAUGUUGGAUCACAAUUUGGGUUAAAAUGCCAUGUUUUUAAAGCUCGCCUUGUUUCUACGAAGUAUGAAGGUCCGACACGUUGGAUGAGGAGGGAUAUUUUGUGCUGAACGUCGCAGUCUAGUAAGUGUGUCCAGUUUACCGGAAGGAAGGAUGGAAACUCUGAUCCCCACCAUCAAUCGGCUGCAGGAGGUCUUUCUCACCGUGGGUGCAGAGAUCAUACAGCUGCCUCAGAUAGUCGUGGUUGGAUCUCAGAGCAGUGGAAAGAGCUCUGUGCUGGAGAGCCUGGUGGGACGGGAUUUCCUGCCACGGGGAUCGGGAAUAGUCACAAGACGACCCCUGGUGUUGCAACUUGUUAAUGUUGCCCCUCUGCAGCAGAGGCUGAAGAUCGAGAAUGGAAAUGGGGUAAAACAAAAUGCCCAAAUCAGCUUCCCAGAUGAGAAGGCUGAAGAAUGGGGAACAUUCCUGCACUGCAAGAACCAGAUCUUCACAGAUUUUCAAGAAAUUCGUCAGGAAAUUGUAAAGGAGACUGAUCGCAGUUCAGGCGACAACAAGGGAAUCAGCCCUGAACCCAUAUAUUUGAAGAUUUUCUCCCCAAAAGUCCUUAAUCUCACUCUGGUUGAUUUACCGGGAAUUACUAAGGUUCCUGUUGGCGAUCAGCCAGAGGACAUUGAGGCUCAAGUGCAAGAGAUGAUUUUGUCCUUCAUCUCCAAUCCAAACUCCCUCAUCCUCGCAGUGUCCCCUGCCAACUCUGACUUGGCCACCUCUGAUGCACUGAAAUUGGCGCGUGAAGUUGAUCCAGAUGGUCGUCGAACACUGCUGGUGGUCAGUAAGCUGGACCUGAUGGAUGCAGGGACUGAUGCUCUUGAGGUCCUUCUGGGUCGAGUCAUCCCAGUCAGACUCGGGAUUAUCGGGGUGGUUAACCGGAGCCAACAUGACAUUAAUACCCAGAAGAGCCUGGAGGACACGACGAGGGACGAGCAGGCCUUCCUGCAGCGCCACUACCCCUCGCUCGCCUCCCGCGCCGGCUCACGCUACUUGGCUAAAACUCUCAGCAGGCUUCUCAUGCACCACAUCCGGGACUGCCUGCCGGACCUCAAAACCCGAGUGACCGUGCUGAAUGCCCAGUACCAAGCGAGGCUCAACGGCUAUGGACAACCGGUGGAGGACCACAGCGCCACCCUGCUGCAGAUUGUCACCAAGUUCGCCAGCGAUUACUGCAGCACCAUCGAAGGAACAGCCAGGUUCAUCCAAACCUCCGAGCUCUGUGGGGGUGCUCGGAUCUGUUACAUAUUCCAUGAGACCUUUGGCCGCACUUUGCAAUGCAUCGACCCCCUCGGGGGACUGACUGAGCUUGACAUUCUCACUGCCAUCCGCAAUGCUACGGGUCCACGGCCAGCGCUGUUUGUGCCCGAGGUGUCCUUUGAGUUGCUGGUGAAGCGGCAAAUGAAGCGGUUGGAGGAACCGAGUCUGCGCUGUGUGGAGCUGGUUCAUGAAGAGCUGCAGAGGAUCAUCCAGCACUGUUCCUCCUUUAGCACACAGGAGCUUCUGCGAUUCCCCAAGCUCCAUGACUCCAUUGUGGAAGUAGUGACUGGAUUACUGAGGAAGCGCCUGCCGAUUACUAAUGAAAUGGUACACAAUUUAGUAGCAAUAGAGCUGGCCUACAUCAACACAAAACAUCCAGACUUCGCAGAUGCAGCGCAGGUCUCAGCAUCUGUCAACAGUCAGCAGGCAGAAGCCCUUGAUGGUGGGAAGCGCUGGAAGAACGAGAAAUUUGCGGAAGAGAAAGCCUCGCCUGUGGGCUUUGGCAGCCCCAGCAAAGGCCAGGCCAUUAACCUCCUCGACACAGCAUUGCCUGUAUCCCGCAAGCUGAGUGCGAGAGAGCAGAGGGACUGUGAGGUCAUCCAGCGUCUCAUCAAGUGCUACUUCCUCAUUGUCCGCAAAAGCAUCCAAGACAGUGUGCCCAAGACGGUGAUGCACUUCCUGGUGAACUUUGUGAAAGAGCAUCUGCAGAGUGAGCUGGUGGGUCAGCUUUACAAACAGGCACUGCUGCAGGAGCUGCUCAUUGAGUCACAGGACACGGCACAGCAGCGGACCGAGGUUGCUCAAAUGCUCGAGGGACUCAAAAAGGCCAAUAACAUCAUCUCCGAGAUCCGGGAGACCCAUCUGUGGUAGCCAGAGGACACAAACAAAUUCCCUUGUCACAGCUUUGAGAGUAUGAGAGUGUCUGUGAGUUUACAGCAGAUAAAUUAAUUGUGUGAAUUUGUGUGUGUGUGUGCGUGCUUGUAUGGAUCUCAUGGACCAAUGACCGUAGCACAUUUGGAUCUUAAACACUGGGGCUGUUGCGUUUCACUGUGAGCUGCGUUUGAUAAUGACGGAAAUUGAUUAAACACUCAGGCCGUAAGUGUUAACGCGAAGUUUAAAUGUGAAAGACAGCCUCAAAACAAAAAUCAUUUUGCAUCGUCUUGUGACAAAAUAUUUGUUGGGUGGUACGAUCGUUGCCGUAAAUGUAAAAUGUCAAUUAUAUGUUGAGUAUUUAAGUUGUUCUUCAGGUUAGGUUUUUUAUUUUAUCCUUUUUGAGGGGGGGUAGUGCUUCUUCUGAGCCCCUUCAGCAGGUGCUAAAACUGUGUUGGAUUACAAUUUUAAUCUCCUUUGCUGGAGCGUUCACCUGAGAAAGAAAUACAACUCAAUCAAUGCUGACUGUAAUGCAACUCGCACCAGUGGUUGGAAGAAAUUACAGGAUGAUUGCAGAUUGUUUUUCCAGCUCUGUAGUGCAAAACAAUAUUAGGGUUUAUUUUACAGUUGCAUUUACACUGUUAGUUGUUGCACUACCUUUCCAGUCUUGUGUGUAGUUGUAUACGAGGAGACCAAACAUUCCCAACAUACAUUUACCUCUGUUUUUAGGACACUCCCACACAGAGGUGGGCAGCUAAUAGUAUGUAAUGUAAAUAUAUCAUGGUGUUAGUGAGUUGGGUUUUUUUUUUCAGGAGAUAAUAUUAUGAGGGUUGAUUGUCUGAAUUAGAUAUUCUGUAACUUGACUUCACGUCCCCAGAAUAAUUAUCCAUUAGUUUACACUUUAAAUGGUACAGAGGUUGGUCCACAUUCUCCAAACGUACAGAAUAACUGCCGCCACGAAAUGAGAGAUUCAUUAUGCUUAUACCUCCUGCAUGCAUUUAUCUGCAAACUGUGCACCUGUAUCUUAAAUUAUUACAUUGUGUAUUACUGCGUGGUGUAUAAAAUUUGUCCUUUUCCAUCUAAUGUUCUUAACGAUAAUCAGGUAAAUUUGUCCCAAAAGUAAUGUAAAUCUUUGCUCUUGGCCAAAACACCUUAUCCUACAAAUAAGGCUUUUUUUGGGGCAGACCUGCCUCAUGGGCACCAACCAACAGUGAUGGACUUUCCCUGUGUGGCCAGCGAACAAACGCAACAUUGCAUGUGUGUCUUAAGAAUGCAUGUGUGGAUGUGUGAAUGAAUAGUUCUUGUAUGUUUGUCUUAUUUAAAUAUACAGCUGUGUCCAAAAGUCUGAGAGGGCCUUCUCAGACGUUGGGACCCCGGCCGCUCUUGUUACCAAUGUGUGAACUGCCUCUGAGUUCUUGCCUGCCAAUGUUUGUGAUACGACGUUUACCAAAUGAAGCCUGUUCAGACUGGAGGGACUCAUUAAACGCUAACAAAGGACA